AAACACAAUUGGAAAUCAGCUAAGAAUGAAGAGAAACCCCAUUCAAGAAGGAUUUCUGUGAUAUUUGUCUCUAAACAGGUGGCAGAUCUUUGUUUACUUUUUAUAAUCAUUUAGAAAGUGAACGUAAAGCUGAGAUUUCUGGAGCUCAAACAGUGGAAAUGGCUUCACUAAAUGUAUUCAAAGAACUUUCUUGUCCCGUGUGCUGUGAAAUCUUCAAGAAUCCUGUAGUUUUAUCAUGCAGUCACAGUGUGUGUAAAGAGUGUCUUCAGCAGUUCUGGGGAACCAAGAAUACUCAGGAGUGUCCUGUUUGCCGGAGAAGAUCAUCAAAAGAAGAACCUCCAGUUAGUCUUACAUUAAAAAACCUGUGUGAGUUGUUCCUGAAGGAGAGAAAUGAGAGAUGUUCAUCAGGAUCUGAGGAGAUCUGCAGUUUACACAGUGAGAAACUCAAACUCUUCUGUCUGGGGGACAAACAGCCUGCGUGUGUGAUGUGUGUUACUGUACAACAACACGACAAUCACAAAUUCAGACCCAUCAGUGAAGUGGCUUCAUCAUACAAGGAGGAGCUCAUUACAGCACUGAAGUUUUUACAAGAGAAACUUCAACAUAAGGAAAAAAUUAAAGGAGACUUUGAGAAAACAGUUCAACACAUCAAGACUCAAGCCGAUCACACAGAGCGUCAGAUUAAACAUGAGUUUGAGAGGCUUCAUCAGUUUCUCCGAGAUGAAGAAGAAGCUACAAUCACUGCACUAAGAGAGGAAGAGGAGCAGAAGAAGCAGAUGAUGAAGGAGAAGCUGGAGGAGAUGAACACACACAUCUCAGCUCUUUCACACACGAUCAAAGACACGGAGGAGAUGCUGAAAGCCAAUGACGUCUGCUUUCUAAAGGAGUUUCCAGUCUCGAUGGAAAGAGUCCAGAUCUCACAGCCGGAUCCACAGACGCCUUCUGGAGCUUUGAUUCAUGUGUCUCGCUACUUGGGGAACCUGACAUACAGAGUCUGGAAGAAGAUGCAGGACAACGUCCACUACACUCCUGUCAUUCUGGAUCCAAACACUGCUCAUCCAUAUCUCGAACUGUCUGAUGAUCUGACCAGUAUGAGGUACAGUGGGAAAGAUCAACCUGUUCCUGAUAAUCCAGAGAGAUUUGACAGCUAUCCCUGUGUUCUGGGUUCAGUGGGUUUUACCUCAGGAAAACACUGCUGGAAUGUGGAGGUGAAAGAGAUUUCAGGCUGGAGUCUUGGAGUAACAACAGCAUCAAAGCAGAAGAAGGGGAGUGAUUUCUUUAACACUUGUGUCUGGGGUGUGCGAUAUAAUACAGCUAUUAGCUCUGGCUAUACUGUAAAUCAGGAUCUUGAGCGUGUGAGAGUUGAUCUGGACUGUGACCGAGGAACAGUGUCUUUCUCUGAUCCUGUAACAAACACACAUCUACACACAUUCACAACCACCUUCACUGAGUCUGUCUUUCCUUUCUUCUAUAGUCCUAUCGCUUUGAAGAUCUUACCAAUCAGUGGUCAGUGAAA